AUGUUUUUCAGUCUCUCUCUCUCUCUUCGUGCACUGGCUUUAAUUAUUAGCUUUUCUCCCUCUAAACCUCCCUCCUACCACCACCAUCAUCGCUUCUCCCCAGCACCCCACUCAAACCACUGUAAUUAUCUCACUUUGAAAGUGCCCCUCCCACUUUGUUUAACUAAAAGGUGCAGUGGUGGAGUGAGCUCAGAGCUCUGCAACAACAACCCAGAGCAGGCACUCCAUCUUCAUCUGAGAUCCAAGACAUGAACCUAGGUCUGCUGCUUUCGGCUCUUUCAGUGGUUAUCGCGGCUGCCCUCUUCAGCUCUGGCUCCGUCGCUUUGACCCCAGAUGGCAUUGCAUUGUUGGAAUUCAAGAGCACUUUAAACGACACCAAGAACAUCCUCAGCAACUGGCAAGCUCUUGAUGACUCUCCUUGCGGAUGGACUGGCAUUUCGUGCUAUCCUGAUGACCAAAGGGUCCAAUCCAUAAAUCUCCCGUAUAUGCAACUCGGAGGGAUCAUAUCUCCCAGCAUCGGUAGACUCAGUAGAUUGCAGAGGCUGGCACUUCACCAAAACAGUUUGCACGGGGUCAUUCCUAAUGAGAUUACAAACUGCACCGACCUGAGAGCCUUGUACUUGAGAGCUAAUUAUCUCCAAGGAGGCAUUCCUUCUGCCAUUGGAAACCUUUCUCACCUCACCAUCAUGGAUUUAUCAAGCAACUCGCUAAAAGGUGCAAUACCAUCAUCCAUAGGCCGGCUCACACGACUUCGCCAUUUGAACCUGUCAACAAACUUCUUUUCUGGUGAAAUCCCUGAUGUUGGAGUUCUAAGCACUUUUGGACGCAGCUCGUUCAUUGGAAAUUUAGAUCUUUGUGGGCAACAAGUGCAGAAGCCAUGUAGGACCUCAAUGGGAUUCCCCGUUGUUCUACCCCAUGCGUCAAGUGAUGAAGCAGCAGUCCCGGCAAAGAGAUCCUCACAUUACAUAAAGGGUGUGGUAAUCGGCGCAAUGUCCACCAUGGGCAUUGCAUUAGUUAUUGUUUUGGCAUUCCUAUGGAUUUGUUUGCUAGCAAAGAAGGAAAGAGCUGCUAAGAGAUAUACCGAAGUCAAAAAGCAAGUUGAACCAGAAACAAGCACAAAGCUCAUUACUUUUCAUGGAGACAUGCCUUACCCUUCAUGUGAGAUCAUUGAGAAGCUGGAGUCCCUUGACGAUGAGGAUGUUGUGGGAUCUGGAGGAUUCGGGACAGUGUACAGGAUGGUGAUGAACGAUUGUGGAACUUUUGCUGUUAAAAGGAUAGACAGAAGUCGGGAAGGAUCCAAUCAGGUGUUUGAGAGGGAGUUGGAGAUCUUGGGCAGCAUCAAGCACAUAAACUUAGUGAACUUGCGAGGAUACUGCAGACUUCCCGCAUCAAAGCUUCUUAUCUAUGACUAUUUAGCCAUGGGGAGCUUAGAUGACCUCUUGCACGAUGAUCAAAGUAAGGAUUGUGCCUUAAACUGGAGCACACGACUAAAGAUUGCUCUGGGUUCUGCUCGUGGGCUUGCUUAUUUGCAUCAUGACUGUAGUCCUAAGAUUGUUCAUCGGGAUAUAAAGUCGAGCAACAUCCUUUUGGAUGAGAACUUUGAACCCCACGUCUCCGACUUUGGUCUCGCGAAGCUUCUGGUUGAUGAGGAUGCCCACGUGACAACUGUAGUUGCUGGUACUUUUGGCUACUUGGCUCCAGAAUAUCUGCAAAGUGGGAUAGCAACGGAGAAAUCCGAUGUGUACAGCUUCGGGGUCCUGUUACUGGAGAUUGUUACUGGAAAGAGGCCAACUGAUCCGUGUUUUGUGAAGAAGGGCUUAAACGUUGUUGGUUGGAUGAACACUCUGUUGCGAGAGAAUCAAUUGGAUGACAUGGUUGAUGAGAGAUGCACCGGCGCGGACCCAGAAACUGUGGAAGCGGUCCUCGAUAUAGCUGCCAGGUGCACCGACGCGAACCCAGAAGAACGGCCUUCAAUGAACCAGGUGCUGCAGCUGCUCGAGCAAGAAGUCUUGUCUCCCUGCCCGAGCGACUUCUACGAGUCACAUUCAGACUACAGUUGAAGUGACUCAAACUCAGGAUUCUAAUGACGUAAUGGAUCUUCCAACGUCUUUUCCAUUCUACUGGAAUGUAAGCGAACUGAUUGUGCGAUGAUCUAUGAUUGUUCAGAUCCCCUCCCCUUGGGGCAUGUAUAUGAAAUUUUUAUACCCAAGUCCGGCGUGCUUUUCAGCUUUGCUAUUAUCAGAAGAAGGUUUCUGGUUACAACUUUGGUUUUAUU